CGCAGCAUCAGUGGCGGUGCUACAGGACUUUAGACACUUUUUUUUUUGCAGUUUGAACUUGAACUUUGUUCAGUCUGGUGAUGUGAAGGAAGGAAAACGAAACUUACGACUCACUAAACAACUUUUAGUAACUGUCAGGUGCUGCUGUUGGGUGAUUCAGUCAUUCCAGCAGACUGAGUCAACAAGUGAGUUCUUAUCUUUGGCACAGAAACAGGUAAUACGGCCAAACAAGGAUCUGAAGAGCGUAUACUGAGAGGACAAACAUGAAUGCAGAAAGAAAGAAGCUACAGGAGGCCUUGUGUAGCUACACCACAGAUACUCUCAUCUACAUCGACACAGUGAGAAGAUUCUGUGAGAGGAGCUCGAAAUGGAUGAUUGGCAGGAAGUCAGAGUUAAACUUGCUGAGGGACAUCAAGGAGAGGGCUAACCAAAUCAACCUAAACAUAGACCAUGUUACCAAGUCAGAGAACAAAGGUGCAGCCUUUUUGGAGUAUAUGAAGAGCAAGGUGACUGCAGACAGCCGGCGUGCAAAGCUGCAGAAGGAGCUGGCUGCUGUGCUGUGGUACACUCUGGCAAAUCUGGAGAAGCUCGACCGCUUCCUGGAUGCAGUGGAGAAGCUGGCGGUCACCUCACUCCAUGUGUUCACGGAGGAGAACCAGGUGUUACAUCUGCCAGAGGGGAUCAGCCCUGAACAGGUUCAGGUUGUCAUCGCUGCUGCACGACUGAUCUGCCCUCUUCUCCUCGAGUUUAAAAGAGAUGCGAAUGUCUUCUUCCUUCCCAGACUUCAGAAUGUGGAAGUGCUGUCAUAUCAGCUGGACAAAUACAUUCAGACCACCCAGAAGAUCUGUGACAAGCUGGAGAAAAGCUCCUUCUGUGACUUUGGACUGAAGAUGGUUAUGAACGCUGUGGUAGACCUCGAUGUGGAUUUGUCUGAAGAUGACAUAAAAAGGAUGCUUCAGCACAUUAAACAGCUUAAUGACAUCAGUUCCCAGACGCUGACAGAGUGUUGUUCAAAGAAGAGGUAAUAAGCAGAGAGGUAA